AUGGACUCCAAGAUUGUAAUAUUCAUCUGUAUGUUCGGCGUGGCCUGCGCUAGCGUCCUGGCCCCAGCCCCUGUCGUCGCCGCCCGCGUUGACGCCUUACCACAAUACUCCUACGGUUAUGACGUGCAGGAUUCUCUAACCGGUGACUACAAAGGUCACCAGGAGAACAGAAAUGGUGACUUAGUCACCGGUUCCUACUCAGUCGUUGACCCUGAUGGCACUAGAAGGAUCGUCGACUACUCUGCUGACCCGCUGAAUGGUUUUAACGCGGUCGUCCGCCGUGAACCUCUUGUGGUUGCCACUCCCGCUAGGGUUGUCGCCCCCGCUCCGUUAGCGCCAGCUCCAGUGCUCGCUCGUGCUCCCUUAGUAGCGCCUGCCCCUGCGCCCUACUUAGCUCCUGCCCCUGCGCCCUACUUAGCACCUAGAUUACCCAGCCCCUACUACUAUUACUAG